AUGGAAGUGAUAAGCGCUAUCCUACAUGCCACGUUGAUAACUACUGUAAAUGUGGAAUUCAUCAUAGGAAGUUUAGGAAAUGCAUUCAUAGCAGUGGUGAACAUUGUGGACUGGGUGAAGAGAGGAAAGAUCUCUUCUGUGGAUCAGAUCCUCACUGCUCUGGCCAUCUCCAGAACUGCUUUUUUGUUUUCAUUGAUCACAACUUUGUUUGUGGCAUUUCUGAAACCAGCUACAAUGACAAUUAGAACAUUAUUGAAAAUGCAUACUAUUUCCUGGACGGUAUGCAAUCAUUUCAGUAUCUGGUUUGCUACAUGCCUCAGCAGUUUUUAUUUUCUCAAGAUAGCCAAUUUCACAAAUUCCAUUUUUCUUACACUCAAAUGGAAAGCAAAAAAAGUGGUAUCAAUAACACUGGUGGUGUCUCUGAUAAUCUUGUUUAUAAACAUUAUAAUCAUAAAUAUACUCAUCGAUGGACCUAAAGUAAACACACCUUACAGAUCUAGUUCAAAUAACACUGCAGAAGUUUAUGUGCUCAUUUUACUCAUCAACACUAUGUUCACAUUCAUCCCCUUCACCAUGACCCUGAUUACUUUCCUCCUGCUCAUCUUUUCCCUGUGGAGACAUUUGAAGAACAUGCAGUAUAAUGCCAAAGGAUUCCGCGACGUCAGCACCACAGCCCAUGUAAAGUCCCUGCAAAGUGUGGUCACCUUCCUGGUACUAUAUACUGUUUUUUUUAUGUCACUUCUUUUACAGACUUGGAAUAUUAACUCUCUUCAAAAAAAUCUUAUGGUAUUGUUUUUAUGGAGCACAGCAAUAGCUUUUCCCUCAGGACACUCAUGUGCCUUGAUUCUGGGAAAUAGUAAGCUAAGGCAGGCCUCUCUUUCAGUGCUGUGGUGGCUGAGGUGUAGGUACAAAUAUACAAACAAUUAA